CGUCGCGGGUUCACUUCGGGCACGGAAUUGAGUUGCCGCGAGCACCGAUGUCCAAUGUGACCCGCCGCCAGUCAAUUAAUCGCGCACGAACAAUCGCGCGCACCUGCUAUCUCGCCAUCGGUUACGCCGAGGAGCAACGAAUUUUCGUUAAUUGAGAAUGAUCUACAGCUCGGUGCAGAAUUGCAUGAAUUUUCUCACGCGAUAUUAUCUCCCUUAUUGAAAACAAACGACGAUAACAAUAAGAAGGAUAAAUAGCAAGAGGAAAAUUAAUUAAUUCCAAAAAAUGAAAGUGUUAAAAGCCAGGAAAUAAGAUAGCUUUGUCGUGACGUUGCGAAACGAUCGUGAGCAACCGAGAAGAACGUUCGCGGGAAGCUAACGCGAAAAGUUUACAAUAACGGCAUAGUUGACAUAUUUGCACGAUAAACAGAACCACGUCAUGUCGAGCGAGAGCAGUUUGAUAACACAGGAAUGUAGGCAUGAUUAGUCACGCAACGGUAUACAGAGAGAGUAGCCGAGUGGCAGAUCGCGGAUUAUCAUCAUCGGAUAUUGCGACGCUGUCGUUAGAUUCAGAGAUAGAUCGCGCGCUUCCGAAGGAAUAAAAUCGAAGGAUAGGAAGGAUUCUGACGGCGAAGUGGCGAUGUUCAAGAACGUUGCAGCACGCUGUCACCGAUAAAAUUGGAUCGCGCUAGCGUUUCAGCGAGGAAGCGAGGCGUCAGACGAAUGUUAUAGGUAAUAGAAGAAGACUGUUCGAGUUCGAAUGAGUUCCGGGAACGCUCAUGCCGGACGAUCGUCGUCGUCAACGAGAGACAUGAAUUCAGCGAGAGGUGGAGCGCGGAUUAUGACCGAAUCACGUAACGUCGCGUGGCGUACCGCUCGCAGCUCGAGAUAACUUUUCGCGGUGCGAACGCGGAUUAAUCGCGAGCGCGAUCAGUAUUUAAUCGCACGUCAAGGCGAUCGCUGCGAAAAUUGAAAGCAUCAGAUUCGGCGGCGCAGAUUUCCAGCACAGACAUGUCGAGGCGACCCCGCGGUCGGCUCGGCGCAGAGCUGCCUGGCGCCGGCUCGGCAUAAGGCGGCCGGUGAUAAAGAAGCGACGGGAGGAGGAAGAGGGUACCCUUUGAGCGUAUGGCAGAAGACGAGGGGACGAGGGAGCAAGUGAGAGGCGCAAAAUGGGAGCAACGAAAUAUGUGUUAGGCAGCGCGAUCUUAGGACUCUUUUGGAGCGGCUUGUUCAAGGGCGCCCUGACCAAUUCCACCAACAGGUGCGACUAUCCGCCCUGCUCCUGCGACCUCUAUGGCAGAUUGACCUGCGACUGCAAGGAGGAAGGCGAGGAAUUGAUUUUGACCACGGACGGUGACAGACAGCUGAGUCCGCACACCAGCAGGAUAAUGGUGAGCAACUGCUCAUCUGUGAUACUCGCGAACUCGAGCCUGGCCACGAUGACCGGGCUGCGAUCGGUGGAUCUCGUGAACGUGGCGAAUCUAACUCUAGUCAAACAGAGCUUCGAGCUAUCGACGCAAAGCACGCGUACGCGUAUCACCGUGCGGAACAGCAGCAUCGACGUGAUGCCGAGCUUCGUGUUCCGCGGCGACGUCGAGGCGAUCAUAUUCGAGAACGUGCGGAUCGGUCAGCUGAGUGCCUUCUCGUUCGCCAAUCUGAUUCACACGGAUACCCUGCGACUGGACAACUGUCGCAUCGAGAUAACGGAGGCGCAGGCCUUCAAGAAGUUCGACGUCGGCUAUUUCCACGUAAUCGGCGGCAGCUUCGGCGAUCAGCUGCCCAGCCGCACGAUGAACGACAUCGAGGUCUACCAUAAAUUCAUGCUGGACGGCGUGAAGCUGGGCGUCGUGAGGAGCAACGCUUUCAUCGUGAAGAGUCCGCGCACGGUGGCGAUACAAAAUUGCGCGAUCGACAGUCUGGAGACCGAGGCGUUCGACGUGACCGCGCGCGGCGCCGUUAUCGUAAAAAAUAACACCUUCGGCAGCAUCAGUGUGGGCGCGUUUCUGGGAAUUCGCGCGGAUCGCGAGAACAGGCCGUCAUCGUCGUCGUCGUCGUCGCAGACGCACGAUCUCAUCUUCAAAAACAACAGCGUGAACAACUUCGAGGAGGGUUCGCUAAUGUUCGACCGCGCGAGCUUUCGGCCGGAGCUCGAUAAUCUCCUCAUCACGCAGUCUUGCGACUGCCAAACGUUGCCCGUGUGGAAGAACAACGUGCUCAACUAUACGAACGUGUACUGGCGGUUCUACACGCGGCAGAACACCCUCGUGCCGCCGCAGUCGCAACCCCAGGAGCCUAUUAACGAGACCCCGGAAACUUUUCUGUGUCUCGACGGCGGAAUAAACGGUGCGCCAACGAGCUUCGGCGACUACGAGACGCGUCACUGCUCGCUCGGCGGUUCCAUGCUCGUUUUUAUUCUAAUUAUCGUAGGUGCCGUUCUCGCCCUGACAGUGUGCGUGUGUCUGAUCGUCUGGUGCUGCCGGAGACGCCGACGAAAUAACCGGAAGAAGUGGAUCAGCGUGCCCACCAACGCGCCAGACGUGGUCUCGAAGAAAAACGGCGUGAUCGGCAGGGAGGCGGCGACGUCCGGCACGCCGGUCGACAGUCGGAUAACCAUGGUGGUGCCGGACGGUAGGCUGUACCGAGAAACGGAGUUCCACGUGAUCGUCGAGAAGGCCGAGCCGCUCACGACCGAGUUGUAACGAGACGCCCCGGGCGGCUCGACGCGGAGGCCCACGAUCGUCGCUCCCGUUGAAGAGGAACUCGAGUGGGCGGAAACGUCGAGUCGCUUUCGAGUGUAUAAGCUGUGAGAGACGCCGCGCGAGACCGGCACUAAUGAAGAACAGUGACGAUCGGUAUUCAAAGAACACGAGACGAACUCUCUCGCGAUAGAGAAAUUUCUCGGACAUUAAUCGCGAACGAGUACAUAGACUGCGUGUAAAUCGUUGCUGCUUGGAAAAUAAUAGAACGCGAAGCGUACGCAACCCCGAACGUGUCCCGUUCUCUCUUUUUCGUUUAAUCUAUUAUCACUCCUAGUACAACCCAGUUCAUAAGCUUCCAUUCACAUAUCACGGGAGGCGAUUGAUUAUCCAUCGCGCGAGCUUUGCAUUCCUCGAACCGCCUUCUCUUUCGAACGCGGCCACGUCCCUCUAUGGCGACUAAAGUUUUCCAGAACGAACUGCGGAUUCGGGUAAUCAAUUGCCUCUAUUAGUUAUUAUUAAAUAACUUUCGAGAGAGAAAAAGGGAGAGAGAAAGAGAUAGAGAGCCAGUGUCGUAGAAAAUAAAGCGAUCCCAUCGAGACGCGACUUGGAAUGCAGAAGAGAGAGCGUAACUCAUGUAGAAAAAAUCCUAAACUCGCUGUCUUGCGUAAGAUAUACGAUUGAAUCGACCUUUCGCACUCCCGUUGCUUUAAAUUCAUCGAUCGAUAGCGCAAUUAUCGACGUGACAUUACGUAUUAGUGAGUGUUUCGAGCGAAAAUUACGGUACGGAAGGACCAAACAAAAAAUAGGACAACCGCUCUCGCUCGAACAGCUGUGCCAUUCCUGGAGUGACUUCGCAUAUGGUCCACUCCGAAAAAAUUCUGAUCUCUCGAACGAGUAAACGAGUGAACGAACAGAAACGGACCUCCUCGCUAUGCUUUCAUAUCAAAAUCGUUCCAAAAUUGUCGUUUUUAUAGAAAAAAAAAUUGACACAGUAAUGUAACGCAUUAAUGGGCGGAAAUAAAAAACCGGCAAGAUCAAUGUAUUAAAAUAAAAUACCAUACUUUUUAUCAGUGGCGAAUCUACUAAUAAAUUAACGAUAUAUAUCGACUUCGCUUUCUCCAAUAUUGUUUCUCCAACUUUAAAAUUUAUUUUAAUUAUUUUGUUGUAAAUAAUAAUUUUACGUUAUAGAAAUAAAAUUAAUGUUGUCGUAUUUUUGAAAAUAUAAUUUUUGGCAUAAAAGUGCCUUUUACGUCAACCUUGUUAAUAAUUAAGGAUUUGUUAUGUGCUUUAAACCAAAUGUGUGUAUAUUUUUGCUUAGAAGUUCCAAAAAUAUUAGAUUUAAGUCGCCAAAAAUGUAGAUUCGUCGCUAUACUGCCGAGAAAAACGAAAUCCGAUAAGCUAAUUUUUACUUGCGUUGCGCUAUAAAUUCCUUUAUCAUUUCGUUAUUCUAUUAAUGCCGAUGUAUUUAUUUAUGCGCUUGCUAUUGAACUUGGCAAUAAACUGUUGUUACUGUUAUAAUUUAAAUUUAAUCUUAAGUAAAUAUUAGUAAUCAAAAUGUUAUUAUCGUUCCGCCGUAUGUUAGUAAUGUAACGCUGGAAAAAAUGUCAGCGAAACAGAUGAUUUUGUAGAAUCAAACGAAAAUUACUUUAAAUGUACAUCCCGUCAUGUAGCAAUAUUCUAUGACGCAUUUAAUCAGCGUGUAAUGAAACCGUUUAAAAAGACCUGAUUAAGAGCGAACCUAACCGUAGAUCCUUAUAAACGAUGAAAAUAAAUAAACGUUGAAUCCCUUUCCCUACAAUUAAAGAAGACGUAUUCGCGGCAUUAAAUUAAUAUUUUGAUAAUUAUAAAGAAAGAUAUACUUCUCGCCAAUUACGAAAAAAAAGAAGUAAAAUAAAACUUGUCGGAAACUAUAAUAUAUCGCACGACAGAGUUGAUUUAUUAAACAGAAAGCCCAAGCAUUCGAAGCACGGAGAUAAGCAACGUCUCAAGCGCAUGAAAGAACCGAAUUGAAGCCACGGAAACUUUUUGUGCCUCUUACACUUGGUACCUUGAACCUCGUCAAGGUAGGUCUUAUUAGCAUUCGCGUACCAAAAGAUCAGAGUCUAAUACGCCGCAGCGUAUGUGCAAACUGUAUGUGCAGGUAUGUAUGCGUGUAUACAUGAUGUAAUUAUAUCGUUGUGGUGAACAAAAUCAGUUUGUAAUGUCAUAUGUAGCUAUAAUUAUCGUGAGACUGUGAUAUAACGACAGCCGCCGACUGUAUAAUUUGUUUCGCAUUGAACGAUUGAUGAUACAAUAAAGAUGAUACCAAUUACGUA